GUAUUUACUUAAUACAGAAAUCGUGAUUGUUAUUAAGCGAGAAGGUAGAAACAUCGACAGUAGCACUUGGCAGUGGGUGACACGAGCAGGUGGUGAGUGGCGCCAAAUGAAGCCAGCGCAUGCAGCUGUACUAGUGAAGUGAUCGAUCCACCGCCAUCUUUUAUUUUCUUUUUCUCUAGCUUGUUGUACUUGGUACUCCACACCACUAGCUAGUAAUGUGGCCGCUCUCUCCUCACCGACGGCAUCUCCAGCAGCACGGGCAUUCCGGCGCCAUGGGUCGGCGGCUGUUGCUGCUCUUCCUAAUGCUGGCACAGGCACCCAAUUCCAAUGGGGAUUCCAAGAUAAAGAACGUGGUGGUGUUGGCGCUGGAGAACCGGUCGUUCGACCACAUGCUGGGGUGGAUGCAGCGGCUGCUGGGCCUCCCCAUCGACGGCCUCACCGGCGCAGAGUGCAACCCGGCUCCAGGACCAGGUCCAGCCGACUCCCUCCUCCACUGCGUCUCCCCCGACGCCGACCUCGUCGUCCCCGACGACCCCGCCCACGCCUUCGAGGACGUCCUCGAGCAGCUGCUGGGGUUCCGACCCAAUGACUCUACUGGCGCCGCCGCCUCCCCCUCAGACAUGUCGGGCUUCGUCCGCAGCGCCGUCUCCGUGAGCGCGCUCCUGACCGACGCCGUCAUGCGGGGGUUCACCCCGUCGCGGCUCCCGGCCUUCUCCGCGCUGGCCUCCUCCUUCGCGGUGUUCGACCGCUGGUUCUCCUCCAUCCCGGGGCCCACGCAGCCCAACCGGCUGUUCCUCUACUCCGCCACCUCCCACGGCGCCGUCGCCCACGACAAGUGGAACCUCCUCCGCGGCUACCCGCAGCGCACCAUCUUUGACUCCCUCGCCGCCGACGCCCUCGACUACCGGGUCUACUUCAAGACCAUCCCCACCACCCUCUUCUACCGCCGCCUCCGCACCGUCGCCAACGCCGCCCGCGGCACCUUCCGCCGCUACGACGCCGCCUUCCGCGACCACGCCCGCAGGGGCCUCCUCCCGGCGCUCUCCGUCAUCGAGCCACGCUACUUCGACCUCACCGGCACGCCCGCCGACGACGACCACCCGGCGCACGACGUCGCCAACGGCCAGAGGCUGGUCAAGGACGUCUACGAGGCGCUGCGGGCGGGCCCGCAGUGGAACCACACACUGCUCAUCAUCACCUACGACGAGCACGGCGGCUUCUACGACCACGUCCCGCCGCCCAAUGUCGGCGUCCCCAGCCCCGACGCCAUCCGUGGCCCGCUGCCCUUCUUCUUCAGGUUCGACCGCCUCGGCGUCAGGGUGCCCACCAUCAUGGUGUCGCCGUGGAUCAGGAAAGGGACGGUGGUGGGGAGGCCGCCGGGAGGGCCAACGCCCACGUCCGAGUACGAGCACUCCUCCAUCCCGGCCACCAUCAAGAAGAUAUUCAACCUCAGCUCCGACUUCCUCACCAGGAGGGAUGCGUGGGCGGGCACCUUCGAGCACCUCUUCACGGACCUGGACGAGCCAAGGACGGAUUGCCCGGAGACAUUGCCGGAGAUCCCGCCGCCAUCUUCCUCGUCGUCGUCGACCAAGAAAGAAGACGGAGGAUGGCUGUCGGACUUCCAGCGCGAGCUGGUGCAGCUGGCGGCCUUCCUCAACGGCGACUACAUGCUGUCAAGCUUCGCACAGGAGUACGAGUCGAGAAUGACGAUGACGGUGAAGCAGGCGGAUGCGUAUGUGAGGCGAGCCGUCAAAAGUUUCCUGGAGGCCAGCAAGCGGGCCAAACGCUUAGGUGCAAACGACUCCGCCAUUGUAACCAUGAGACCAUCCCUCACUACUGCAACCACCUGCUGCCCUUAGUUACCUACUGUAGUACACUAAACUAGUCUCUUUAUUAAUUUAAUUAAUUACCUACCUUAGCUAAUCCAAUCCCCUACCCAUAUACUUACUACUGGAGUACUCCAUUAGUUUAAUUACUGUAUAUCGAUGAUCAUAUAUAUAUCACACAGAUUUUCAGCCCA